AUGGCAAUCAACCACAUCUCGUCUGGUGAGAUCAUCAAGCCAACACUCUUCCUAGAGAAGAAACUUAGACCUCAGCUGAAACAAUUCCUGGACAGACUUUCCGGUUUCGUCAAGUCCGUGGACGUUUCGAAGCUGCGCAAGCCCUUGCGCUGCUUAGAUUUCGGUUGUGGGCCAUCAGUGUGGAGUGCGUUGUGCUUAGCGAGAAUAGCGGAUGAAAUCGUUUUCGCGGAGUACGUCACAUCCAACCGUAAAGAAGUUUACAAAUGGUUGAAACACGAAAAAGGAUGCCGGGAUUGGAGUGUCGCCUCGAGUCUCGUCGGCGACUUGGAGAAAAUCCCCACGCGUCAAGUUGAGGAGAGACUCCGGAAGAAGUCUUGCUCGGUCGUUCCAUGCGACAUUCACGCCCAGAGCAUAAUACAGAGACCCAGAAAGGGAUCACAGAGCCUAUGCUUCUACUCCGGACCCGACGACCUCUCGAAGAACAAUGACGACCUACAGACGCCGUCUAAUGCGAAUUCAUCGCGACAUACUCCGAGUCAUCAUUCGGCCGAAUUUCCCCCCGGAGGAUAUGAAGAAGACCUUUUCGAUAUCGUUCUGAGUAGUUGCUGCUUGGAAUGCGCUUGUUUCGACGAGUUGUGCUACAAAAAAUCUGUGAGGAGAUUGGCGGAGCGGACCGCUUGGGGAGGCUAUCUGGUGCUCGUGGGAGUGAUGGAGUGCCCGCGUUGUGGACCGGGUCGAAGUUUUCCAAGGCUCUCCCUCACCCCGGACAUUAUCAAACAAGCCGUUGUAUCGGCGAAUUGUGUGGUUGAAUCUUUCGAAACCUUUUUCGUCAGUGCUGAGCGAAUCAAAAACGUUGGUCUGAUUCUCUCAAAGUACAUCAACACCCCGUUCCAUGAUGUUGUGCGCCGAGAACCGAUCACCACGGUCGACACGUCGAUCUACAUCCGGGACUCACGGCGCAACCGAACUUCUCGCGACAAGCAUUUGGACGAGCUCAUCCAAUGGGCAAAAGCGAAUCGAGAAAAGCUAUCCGCCGAAGGAUCUGAGCCCACAACAAAAACUCCUGCGAUUUCGGCAGAUUCGGAGCACAGCGACACGGUCACUUCGGAGAGCGCAACCUCCACUCCGACGGAAGACACUGAUUGCGAGGACGAUUCCGAUGGCCGCCAAGUGGAGCCCUCCGAUGGAAACACCUCCCGCAGCGGAUCGGAGUGCGAUAACGACGAAGAAGACGAAUCGACGACGGACAUCCCGGAAGGGAGCGGAGAAAUCCCUGCCACGACUCCGAAUUUCGAGUCUGAGAACGACAUAGUCACCGAGCCGGACGAAGACGAAGAAGAACCGGACUCCACGGAGCUUUUCGACGUGAUUAACGAAGACGAGUAUGAUCCCGAGUACGACAAAGAACCUCCGAAGCCGUUGUCAAGCAACGAAAUCGAAACGAAGAGGUAG